CUGGCCAAUGAGCUGGGAUGCCACUCAGGCACAUGGUCCUGGUCACCCCAAAAUAACUUGUGACUAGUGUGCUGACAAAUGUCACUACUUUUACUGGAGACCGGUUGCCCUAGCUACUUGCACCCAUAUUUUCCAGUAAACUCCAAGGUUAACUCUAUGCAAUAAAUUGGGAAUCCAUCCUGGCCAGCUGCCCUGUGUCCACAUUUUCCCAGGUGGCCACCACUGGAAGACUGGAAUCCCCUCUCUUUGAGCACAGGUGCGCGCAGAGGAUUACCGCCAGCUCCAGCCGGGGCCCGCUGGGGUUUAUUUGAAGCAUGCAAGAGAACAAGGUGAACCAGCCUACAUCAUUGUCUCAGCUCUUGAGAGAGAACUACUUGGCUGAAGCGCGGGCGCACCAGAGACACAGCGGCAUGAGCCGUUCCGACUCCUCGCGGCACCUGGUCUACGCGCCCCUCAAAGGCAAGGCGGAGAACUCCGCGGGGCAGGACGAGCCCCAACCCAAGGUCCCAGACCUCUCAGCCUUCCUGAGCCAGGAAGAACUGGAUAAGAGUGUCAACCUGGCUUGUCAGGCUAUCGGACAUGAGGCCCGCGAGGAGAGGACAGAGUUCAAGGCCCCGGUCGCCCCUUCUGCCACCUCCACUGCAUCCAACACUCCCGACACCCAGCCUGACCUGGAACUAAAAGAACCCCUACCAACACACGCGACAUUCUUCCCAGAGAGACGGUCAUUCUCACCUCUGUCCGUACAGGACAAUGUGAUAAGGAUAGACAAACAGAUAUAUCAGCCAUCCCAACUGUCCAUUCAGGACAACGCAAUAAGGACCGACAGACAGAAAUAUCCACUGUCCCAACCAUCCAUCCAGGACAACGACAUGAGGACAGACAGAGAGUUGUACCCACUGUCCAUGCAGGACAAUGGAAUGAGGACAGACAGACAGACGUUCCCACCGCCCAUCAUCCAGGACAUUACAAUGAAGAACAACUGGGUGGCCAGGGAGGCCUUUGAGGACUUUAAGAGGCCAGGGGCUAGGGGAAUGAACACCCCAGCGUACGGCCUGGGGACCCAGUCCAAGAAGGAGUUCCUCAACAAGGCAGCAGACUUCAUCGAGGAACUCUCCUCUCUGUUCAAGGCUAACAGCUCCAAAAGGAUACGGCCCAGAUCAUGCAAAACUCAUAGGAGCAGAGCCAACAAGGGUCAAGUGGAUGGGAGCGUUUACACCCUGAAUGCAGACGACAGGGAACGAACCAUUCUUCUCCAAGACUUCGAGAUGGAGAGGCCUUCUAAUCCUUUCAGCGUUCAGCCAUCAGAAGUCCAGGGUUUGGGCAUGGAACCAGGGUUUGGGCACGCUUACUUCCCCAUGCAGGACUGGAGGACUACUGAGGAGCAGUAUGAUGAGUCUGGGGUGCUGGAGGCGGAAGGGGUGGAUGAGGCUGAAAGCCCUGCCCUGGUGGAGAUCACCCCUGGGGUGUACACAGCCGACCCCAUCUGUGAGCCCCCUCACUUCAUACAAAAACUGAAAAGCAGGGAGGUGCUGGAGGGCAGCAAGGUUCAGCUGGACUGCGUUGUUUGCGGACUCCCCAUGCCCGAAGUCCGGUGGUUUUGUGAGGGGAAGGAGCUGGAUAACUGCCCUGACUUUCAGAUCCUCAACAACGGCGAGUUGCACUCUCUGAUCAUUGCCGAGGCAUUCGAGGAAGACACAGGGCGGUACUCUUGCUUUGCAUCCAACUUCUACGGCACAGACUCUACGUCUGCCGAAAUCUACGUCGAAGGUGACUCCUCUACAGAUUCGGAGGGGGAACAACAUUUUGAACUUGCACAACUACAGAGGACCCGAGCUCAGCCGGGUGCCCCAUCUUUACCUCCAGUGGUCAGUGUUGUGUCUCUGUGUGAGGACGACACAACCAUCUGCACUGAAGAACAGCCACAGGAGGCCACCUCACUGCCUUCUAGCCAGGUAGUCACUGCAUCUGUACCUGUCCAGGCAGCUACUAAUGUCCUUCCUGCUACAGAGGUGACAACAGCACCAUCCACCCAGGUGGCAUUUACAUUGGUCGCUGCCCAGGAGAUGUCAGCACCGUUACCUGUCCAGGUAGUUUCUACUCGAGAUCUACCACCUGUGGACACGGCGUCAGUACUGGCGCAGGAGGUGUCAACACUGUCACUGCCAACACCGUCACAUGUCCCAGUGACAUCCACACCAUUACCGACACAGACAGUCUCUACCACGGCACUACCGCUGACCCAGGUGGUCUCCUCUACGCUGCCUGCCCAGGUUGCUGCCAUACAGACGACUCUAGCUGAGAACCUAAAUGGAGACAGCUAUACUCUAAGUCUAGACAUCUAUCCUCAAGGUCUAGAAGGGAGGCCUAUCAUGGCUGCCCCUGUUUUCACAAAGAGUCUGCAGGACCUAGAGUGCCGUGUUAAAGGAGUGCCCUCCCCCAAGGUGGACUGGUACAGAGAAGGAACUGUCAUAGAGGCCUCCCCUGACUUCAGGAUCCUGCAGAAGAAUCCUCGAUCCACGGAUAAAUCAGAGGAAAUAUGCACUUUGGUCAUUGCUGAAGUCUUCCCUGAAGAUUCUGGAACAUUCACUUGCACUGCAAGCAACAAAUAUGGAACUGUAUCCAGUAUCGCUGCACUAAGGGUGAAAGGAAAUGAAAACACCAACAACAACCACGUGAAAACUGUCGUAGGCACUUUAACAAUGGAGUCCACACAAGUACCAGAGCCUUCUUCGUCAGAUCUCACUCUGCCCAGUCUAAAGCCUCAAGCUGAGGCUCUUGUCACCAACAGCAUCAAGCCUCACUCCAGCACCAUCCGCCUGGAUCCCCUCAGCUCCAGCACUUUACGACUGGAACCUCUGAGCACCAGUACCCUCCAUCUAGACCCUCUGAGCUCCAGCAUGCUGCGCCAGGUGCCUGUUAGCCCCAGCAUGCCCAGCCUGGACCCAAUAAGCCUGGGCAACAGCCUCCAUAUAGGCACCCGUAGCUCCAGCACAUCUCAUCUGGACUCACUCUACCUGAGCACCCCUCACCCAGACCUGCCUACUAGCUCCAGCGAGCCCCAGAGCAAUGGUGAGAUGCCCAAGACUGACCAGGAAGACUCCAGAGCCUUUUCAGUGUUACCUAACCCUCCCGUUGGUCUUUGGCCUAAGGUGGAAGGGACUCCUAUCCAUAAACCUGAGCCCCCUCCCCAUGUAAACCUCCCUGAUCCCCCCAACUCCUCCUGCCUUAAGCCUGGGGUUCUGGUUAACCACAACGGGCCCAGGUCCAGCUCCAGGGCUGGCCUCCGUGUGCACUUUAAACUGCCUGAGGAUGAAACGGAAAACCUGAGUGAAGCAUCCAAUAGCCAUUCAUAUGAAGAUAUGUCACAGUUGGACAAUAAGGAACCACCUCCAGUACUGGCCAAGCCCAAACUAGACCCUGUCCAGCUGCAGCUUCUGCACAACCAGGUGCUUAUGGAGCAGCAGCAGACUGAGACUGAGCCAACCGGAGCCAUCAAGAGCCAACCGGAGGCAUCUGCCUGGCCAGUCCAGACACACCACGAGUCCCAGGCACAGACCCAAGCCCAGCCUCAGUCAAACCUGCCCCGUUCAUCUACUCCCAUGCCCCUGCAGACCACCCACGCCGCACCCAUACUGACCACAUCCCCAACACCCUUUCUCAACUCCGCCCCUGUGACAAGAUUGAACACUACCCCUACACCCCAGCUAAACACUAGUCCCCCUGCCCACCUGCUAAACAUUGCCUCUGCACCACUACUGAACCCAUACACCCCCCAUUCCUAUUCUACUUCUUCAGCCCUGCUAAACACAAGCCCUGCACCACCAAAGAACACUACCUCUGCACCGUUACUGAACACAGCCCCUCCUACACCCGUUAUAGGUACCCUCCCGUCCCUUCCUCAACUGAAGACAGCUCCUUCUUGUAUGAGCUCCCCUCCAUCUGCCUCUCUGCUGAGAACCGUUCCUGCACCACACCUGUACACCAGCCCUGCAUCCCCACCCUAUAUGACCCAGCAAAACACCACCCAUUCUUCCCAGCUGAAUUUAGCCCACUCAUCCCAGCCUAAAGCCAUUCACGUACCCAAGUUUAGCACACCUCCCGCACCUCAUCUGAAUACAGCCCCCACAGCAUCCCUCAGCUCCAUCCCUGCAGCUUUCAACAAGGCCCCCACAACCAUGCAGAACACCUCCCACUCUCCCCUGCUCAGAACAACCCACGCCUCCCUCCUCAACCUGGCCCCUACGUCACAGAGCUUCAACUACGCUAGGCCAAAGGAGUUCAUCACUGCCCAGACUCUCCUCUCUCCAUUUAGGAGUCCCUCUCCUACAGAGUCCCCCGUUCCGUUGCUCCACAAGCUGGCUGCCGAGCUCAACUCCUCCAACCCCAACCAGUUCUCUCCGCAACCCAGAGUCUUACCCACCAGAGUCCUCAAGUCACCCAUCAGCCCCCCUCCCUUCAUGUCCUCCCCCACCUCACCCAUCCUGUCACCUGCUGCCUACCUAAACUCUGUGUUCACCCUGCCACAGCAGUCGCCUCCGCAGGCAGCGUCCCCGACCUCCAGUACCUCCACCCCCAGCCCCAUCCAGAACCAUGUGGCCUUCCUCAGCUCUGUCCUGCCCUCUCUACACACUACACAAGCCACCAACUCUAUGGGCCUGCCCAGGAGUGCUCAUAGGCCAUCUCAAGGCAUACUGAAGAAGUUGCCUACAAGCACUCGUCCUAUUUUAGAUGAUGACAUUCGUAGCAGCCAACAAACUCUCCUCCACGAUAUUGAGAAAAAGUUUAGGUUCAAUGAAGAUUUAACGCGUGGUCAUGUACAACAGAAGCCGACUACUUAUGAGGGUAAAACAGAAAGCCGAAACCUCGGACCAAACAUUCCUGCCACUGUCUUUAAUUAUGACGAGGAGUACAAAGUGUCCAACUUUGAGCAGAGGCUGAUGGGUGAGAUAGAGUUCCGUCUGGAGCGCACGCCAGUCGAGGAGUCAGAUGACGAGGUACAACACGAUGAGAUCCCAACAGGGAAGUGCAUUGCUCCCAUGUUUGACAAAAAACUGAAGAACUUCAGGGCCAUGGAGGGUGUGCCAAUGACGUUCUCCUGUAAAGUGGUGGGGAUCCCUGUACCUAAGGUUUACUGGUUCAAGGAUGGCAAGCAGAUCUUGAGGAAAAAUGAUCAUUAUAAGAAGAUAAGAGAGGGGGACGGAACCUGUGCCCUACACAUAGAGGUCACCAAUAACGACGAUGAUGGCAACUACACUGUCCUGGCAGCUAACCCCCAGGGACGAAUCAGCUGCUCCGGUCAUUUGAUCAUCCAAACAGGUCCUCUCCGAAACCGAAUGACACCUAUGAUUCACUCUCAGAGGGUGCGGGCCCGCAUACAGGAAGUGGAAGAGGGUGAAACAACCCAGGAACGCUUCUUCCAACCUCACUUCCUCCAGGCUCCAGGGGACAUGGUGGCUCAUGAGGGCAGAGUCUGUAGAUUAGACUGCAAGGUUAGUGGCCUUCCAAACCCAGAGCUGAUGUGGCUGAUCAACGGGAGGCCCAUCUACCCAAACUUCUACCACCGGAUGCUGGUGAGGGAGAAUGGAAUCCAUUCCCUUGUCAUAGACCCUCUAAAACAGGACGACGCCGGGACAUACACUUGCAUUGCCAGCAACAAAGCAGGACAGAGCUCCUUCAGUCUAGAGUUAAGAGUUGUGGAAAAAGAGAUGAAGCAGGUCCCCCAGUUUGUGGAGAAGCUCCAGAACACAGGCAUCGCAGAGGGCACCCCCGUCCGACUGGAGUGCAGGGUGCUGGGCAUGCCUCCACCUGUCAUCUACUGGAAGAAAGACAAUGACACCAUUCCUCACACCAAGGCCAGAGUCAGCUUACACCAGGAUGCCACUGGAUAUGUUUUCCUCCUGAUUCAGCCAACCAGGAAAGAGGAUGCUGGCUGGUACACCGUAUCAGCAAAGAAUGAGGCUGGAAUUGUUUCAUGCACAGCGAGACUAGAUAUCUAUGCCCAGUGGCAUCAACAUGUUCUUCUGCCUAUGAAGAAGGCUCCGCGGUAAGGCAGUCGCUAUGCAGCACUGACUGGCCAAGGCCUAGACAUCAAGUCCGCCUUUCCCACGACGGACAACAGCCCCAUCCUGUUCUCCAGCUCCCCUAACGAGGCACAGUUGGAGAGCGAGGAGCUGUGAGAUGCUAGCUGUGUAAGAAGCAGACAUACUCUGCCACAGGGUUGUAAAAGUCUGUAAACUUCCCCAUAAUGGACAGGUUUUUCAGAAAUUCUAGUUGAAAGUUUUGGAAAGUUUAUUGGAAUUUUGCCAACCUAAUCACCACUGGCCCUUUGAACCCACAAACUACUCUUCUCUGGAGUCUCGUAGGGCCGGUUUCCCAGAAACAGAUUAAGCCAAGUACUGGACUAAAAAGCAUGCCCAAAUAGAGAAUCUCCAUUGAAAUGGUCUAAUCUACUAGACAAUCUAAUCUGUGGUGGCCAGUAGGAUUAAGAGAUGGAAGAGCAGGACUAUAAUCUGUGUAGUUUGUUUCAUCUGGUUUGUGUGAUACAUUUGAAGUGAUACAUUAAAGUUAGAAUGACAAAAACGGUUAGAUUUUAAACUGUCAACCUAAUGCUGUGUUUGCUUGUCCGCCAUUCCUAUUGAAUUGUAUCAUUUGAAAUGUCUGAUUCACAAAAAACAGACACAAUCACCAAGUCUUAGUUCACCAGCCACCAAGUCAACUAUAAUCUUCCAAUAGAUCAGAUGUAUUAUUUUAUUUAUUUUUGAUUAGUUAGAUUGAUAGACUAACAGUUAGAACGUUGGGCCAGUAACUAAAAUGUUGCUAGUUCGAAUCCUCAAGCCAACAAGGUGAAAUAUCUGCAAUGUGCCCUUGAGCAAGGCACUUAACUCUAAUUGCUCCAGCAACAAUGUGAUAAUGUCAGACCCUGGCCGUGACCCCACUCUCUGAGGGUGUCUCAGGGGGAGAGUUGGGAUGUACAAAAAACACAUUUCCAAUUCACACAUGCAUAUUAGUACACACUUGUACAUGUGUUAAAUAGGAUAAAUAUAAUAUAACUUCUGACCCACUGGAAUUGUGAUACAGUGAAUUAUAAUUGAAAUUAUCUCUGUAAACAAUUGUUGGAAAAAUUACUUGUCAUGCACUAAGUAGAUGUCCUAACCGACUUGCCAAAACUAUAGUUUGUUAAGAAGAAAUU